CCGACAAGAUCGCUUGGAUAAUUUUAUUAAAAAAGAUGGGCUGGAUUGUACUAAGUAGUGUACGUGAAUGUUGUUCCCAGAACCUAGUGAAACACCCGCGUAUUGGCGAUGCAUUUCCAUAGGCCUUUUGUCGCCGUGCUCGAUUCGCGUUAUAAAAGCUAUCGAUGGAAGGCUUCCCCUGGGUUCUCCCUUCACAAGCUCCUUCUACUCCCGCCAUCAUCGACAAUGCGACUGCUCUCUGGGCUAUUCUCUCUUCUUGCAAUCACUACUACAUCUGUUAUUGCUCAGAGCGCAAACAUUGGCGCUCCUGCGGAUAUGACGCAGGUCUCCGCUGGGUCAGACUUCACCGUCAUGAUUGAGCGUCCAGAUUCGCUCACCAGCUCAACUGAGGUAGCUCUGGUAAUUUCUCUCCUGAACUGUCCCUCAAGCUGUCCUGGUCCCUCUGUCUCUCUCGGUACAAUCUUGUACAAUGGACCUUUCGACCCUCAAUUUUCAGCUCCUGAGCCUGGAACCGAUAAUCUCCCGCCUCACGAAAACUUUACACUCACGGUUCCCUCUACCUUUACCAAGGGUAAUGCUCAGUUAGGUGUUGUUCAUGUUUACUUGCUUGGACUUGCACUAACGCCCGAGCUUGAGACGUUUAAUACUACCAUCAUAGUCACUUGAAAGACUCAGUGUCCGAUACAACAUUCUAAUUUUACUGUGGACUUCUUACAUGCUUUACGGACUGAAAGCGCAAACUGGCAAUAAAAAUCAUUAUGCACCUUACGUGGCAAUGAUAUGAAAGUCUGUCAACCGUCCGAACUAUUGCUGCACACUUUAUGAGAAUUCGAGGGCGAACCUAUACGAAGUUAACAACUGCUUCAUGAU